GGAGCGGGCCGCGGCGCUGAGGCGGCGGGAGCGCGGCCCCGCCAUGGGCUUCCUGCACCAGCUGCAGCUGCUGCUCUGGAAGAACGUGACGCUGAAGCGCCGGAGCCCGUGGGUCCUGGCUUUUGAGAUCUUCAUACCACUCGUCCUCUUCUUCAUCCUGUUGGGGUUGCGGCAGAAGAAACCGACCAUCUCUGUGAAGGAAGCCUUCUACACUGCAGCGCCCCUGACAUCCGCUGGCAUCCUGCCUGUCAUGCAGUCCCUGUGCCCUGAUGGCCAGCGUGAUGAAUUUGGCUUCCUGCAGUAUGCCAACUCCACGGUCACCCAGCUACUGGAGCGCCUCAACCGGGUGGUGGAAGAGAGCAACUUGUUUGAUCCAGCACGGCCCAGCCUAGGCUCUGAGCUCGAGGCCCUGCGGCAGCGCCUGGAGGCCCUCAGCUCAGGCCCCGGCGCCUGGGAGAGCCACUCCUCUAGACCUGCAGGGACACCUCAGCCCCAGCUGGAGCCGGCCCCUCAGUCCCAUCCUCCUGCCUGUCCAGUGUCCUCCUUCUCUCUGGACUCGGUGGCCAGGGACCGGCGGGAGCUCUGGCGUUUCCUCACGCAGAACCUGUCACUGCCCAACAGCACAGCCCAAGCCCUCCUGGCUGCCCGCGUGGACCCUCAUGAGGUCUAUCGCUUGCUUUUUGGUCCUUUGCCUGCCCUGGAUGGGAAGUUGGGUUUCCUCAGGGGCCAGGAGCCCUGGAGCCGGCUGGGGGGCAAUCCUGUGUUCCGGAUGGAGGAGCUGCUGCUGGCUCCUGCCCUUUUGGAGCAGCUUACGUGUGCACCGGGCUCCGGGGAGCUGGGCCGGAUUCUCACCAUGCCCGAGGGUCACCAGGCAGCCCUGCAGAGCUACCGCGAUGCUGUCUGCGGCGGACAGGCUGCGGCUCGUGCCCAGCGCUUCACCGGGCUGGCCACUGAGCUCCGGAACCAGCUGAACUUGGCCAAGAUUGCCCAGCAGCUGGGCCUAGAUGCCCCAAAUGGCUCCGACUCCCAGCAGCAGGCUCCCCCGUCACAGAGCCUGCAGGCGCUUUUAGGAGACCUGCUUGAUGCUCAGAAGGUUCUACAGGAUGUGGAUGUCCUGUCUGCCCUGGCCCUCCUGCUGCCCCAGGGCGCUUGCACUGGCCGGGCUCCUGCGCCUCCAGCCAGCAGCCCGAGUGGGGUGGCCAACAGCACCGGGUUGGGGACGAGCACAGGCUCCAAUGCCACUGCUGAGGAGAGCACCCAGUCACCAGCUGCCCCAGCUUCUGCAGAUACACUGCAAGGCCAGUGCUCAGCCUUCGUGCAGCUCUGGGCUGGCCUGCAACCCAUCUUGUGUGGCAACAACCGUACCAUUGAGCCUGAAGCACUGCGGAGGGGAAACAUGAGCUCUCUGGGCUUCACAAGCAAGGAGCAGCGAAACCUGGGCCUUCUUGUGCACCUCAUGACCAGCAACCCCAAAAUCUUGUAUGCGCCGGCGGGCUCUGAGGCUGACCGUGUGAUCCUCAAGGCCAACGAGACCUUUGCCUUCGUGGGCAAUGUGACACACUAUGCCCAGGUCUGGCUCAACAUCUCUGCCGAGAUCCGCAGCUUCCUGGAGCAGGGACGGCUACAGCAGCACCUGCACUGGCUGCAGCAGUAUGUGGCUGAGUUGCGGCUGCACCCUGAAGCACAGAACCUGUCACUGGAGGAGUUGCCUCCUGCCCUGCGCCAGGACAACUUCUCACUGCCCAAUGGCACGGCCCUCCUGCAACAGCUAGACACAAUUGACAAUGCAGCAUGUGGCUGGAUCCAGUUCAUGUCCAAGGUGAGCGUGGAUAUCUUCAAGGGCUUUCCUGACGAGGAGAGCAUUGUCAACUAUACACUCAACCAGGCCUACCAGGACAACGUCACUGUAUUUGCCAGUGUGAUCUUCCAGACACGGAAGGAUGGCUCCCUUCCUCCCCACGUGCAUUACAAGAUCCGCCAGAACUCCAGCUUCACUGAGAAAACCAACGAGAUCCGCCGUGCCUACUGGAGGCCAGGGCCCAACACGGGCGGCCGCUUUUACUUCCUGUACGGCUUUGUGUGGAUCCAGGACAUGAUGGAGCGUGCCAUCAUCAACACGUUCGUGGGGCACGACGUGGUGGAGCCUGGCAACUAUGUACAGAUGUUCCCGUACCCCUGCUAUACCCGCGAUGACUUCCUGUUUGUCAUCGAGCACAUGAUGCCGCUGUGCAUGGUGAUCUCAUGGGUCUAUUCAGUGGCCAUGACCAUCCAGCACAUCGUGGCAGAGAAAGAACACCGGCUCAAAGAGGUGAUGAAGACAAUGGGCCUGAACAACGCCGUGCACUGGGUGGCCUGGUUCAUUACGGGCUUCGUGCAGCUGUCCAUCUCGGUGACGGCGCUGACCGCAAUCCUCAAGUACGGCCAGGUGCUCAUGCACAGUCACGUGCUCAUCAUCUGGCUCUUCCUGGCUGUCUACGCCGUGGCCACCAUCAUGUUCUGCUUCCUGGUGUCCGUGCUGUACUCCAAGGCCAAGCUGGCCUCAGCCUGUGGUGGCAUCAUCUACUUCCUGAGCUACGUACCCUACAUGUAUGUGGCGAUCCGUGAGGAGGUGGCCCACGAUAAGAUCACAGCCUUCGAGAAGUGCAUCGCGUCCCUGAUGUCCACAACGGCCUUUGGCCUGGGCUCCAAGUACUUUGCACUGUAUGAGGUGGCAGGUGUGGGCAUCCAGUGGCACACAUUCAGCCAGUCCCCAGUGGAAGGGGAUGACUUCAACCUGCUCCUCGCUGUCACCAUGUUGAUGGUGGACACAGUGGUCUACGGCGUGCUCACGUGGUACAUCGAAGCCGUGCACCCAGGAAUGUAUGGGCUGCCCCGGCCCUGGCACUUCCCAUUGCAGAAGUCCUACUGGCUGGGCAGUGGGCGGGCAGAGGCCGGGGAGUGGAGCUGGCCGUGGGCACGUGCUCCCCGCCUCAGUGUCAUGGAAGAGGACCAGGCCUGUGCCAUGGAGAGUCGACGUUUUGAGGAGACGCGUGGCAUGGAGGAAGAGCCUACCCACCUGCCCCUGGUCGUCUGCGUGGACAAGCUCACCAAGGUCUACAAGAACGAUAAAAAGCUGGCCCUGAACAAGCUGAGCCUCAAUCUCUAUGAGAACCAGGUGGUCUCCUUUCUGGGCCACAACGGGGCCGGCAAGACCACCACCAUGUCCAUCCUGACCGGCCUCUUCCCGCCCACGUCGGGCUCGGCCACUAUCUACGGACACGACAUCCGCACAGAGAUGGAUGAGAUCCGCAAGAACCUGGGCAUGUGCCCGCAGCACAACGUGCUCUUCGACCGGCUCACUGUGGAGGAGCACCUCUGGUUCUACUCGCGGCUCAAGAGCAUGGCACAGGAGGAGAUCCGCAAGGAGAUGGACAAGAUGAUCGAAGACCUGGAACUCUCCAACAAGCGCCACUCACUGGUGCAAACACUGUCCGGAGGUAUGAAGCGUAAGCUGUCGGUGGCCAUUGCUUUCGUGGGUGGCUCCCGAGCCAUCAUCCUGGAUGAGCCCACUGCCGGCGUGGACCCCUAUGCCCGCCGUGCCAUCUGGGACCUCAUCUUGAAGUACAAGCCAGGCCGCACCAUCCUCCUGUCCACCCACCACAUGGAUGAGGCCGACCUGCUGGGGGACCGCAUCGCCAUCAUCUCCCAUGGGAAACUCAAGUGCUGUGGCUCCCCGCUCUUUCUCAAGGGUGCCUACGGCGACGGGUACCGCCUCACGCUGGUCAAGCGGCCCGCAGAACCCGGGGCCCCCCAAGAGCCAGGGCUGGUGUCCAGCCCCUCAGGUCGUGCCCCGCUGAGCAGCUGUUCGGAGCCCCAGGUGUCUCAGUUCAUCCGCAAGCACGUGGCCUCCUGCCUGCUAGUCUCUGACACGAGCACCGAGCUCUCCUACAUCCUGCCCAGUGAGGCUGCCAAGAAGGGGGCCUUCGAGCGCCUCUUCCAGCACUUGGAGCACAGCCUGGACGCACUGCAUCUGAGCAGUUUUGGGCUGAUGGACACCACGUUAGAGGAGGUGUUCCUCAAGGUGUCUGAGGAGGACCAGUCCCUGGAGAACAGUGAAGCUGAUGUGAAGGAGUCCAGGAAAGAUGUACUACCUGGGACGGAGGGUCCAGCACCCGUGGGUGGUCAAGCUGGCAACCUGGCCCAGUGCUCAGAACUGGCGCACUCACAGGCGUCGCUGCAGUCUGCAUCUUCGGUGGGCUCUGCCCGUGGCGACGAGGGAGCUGGCUAUGCCGAUGUCUACGGUGACUACCGUCCCCUCUUUGACAACUUGCAGGACGCAGACAAUGCCAGCUUGCAAGAGGCAGAGGUGGAGGCUCUGUCACGAGUGGGCCAGGGCAGCCGCAAGCUGGAGGGCUGGUGGCUGAAGAUGAGGCAGUUCCACGGGCUCCUGGUGAAACGCUUCCACUGUGCCCGGCGGAACUCCAAAGCACUCUGCUCUCAGAUCCUGCUGCCCGCCUUCUUCGUUUGUGUGGCCAUGACCGUGGCACUGUCUGUUCCGGAGAUCGGUGACCUGCCUCCACUGGUCCUGUCACCGUCCCAGUACCAUAACUAUACCCAGCCCCGUGGCAACUUCAUCCCCUAUGCCAACGAGGAGCGCAGGGAGUACCGACUGCGGUUGUCGCCGGAUGCCAGCCCCCAGCAGCUGGUGAGCACAUUCCGGCUCCCGUCGGGCGUGGGUGCUACCUGUGUGCUCAAGUCUCCCAGCAAUGGCUCCCUGGGGCCCAUGCUGAACCUGAGCAGUGGAGAGUUCCGCCUGCUGGCUGCACGGUUCUUCGACAGCAUGUGCCUGGAGUCCUUCACACAGGGCCUGCCGCUGUCCAACUUCGUGCCACCCCCACCCUCGCCUGCCCCAUCCGACUCCCCUGUGUCCCUGGAUGAGGACUCACUGCAGGCUUGGAACACCUCUUUGCUACCCACGACUGGGCCAGAGACAUGGACGUCGGCACCUUCUCUGCCACACCUAGUGCGGGAGCCUGUCCGCUGCACCUGCUCUGCGCAGGGCACCGGCUUCUCCUGUCCCAGCAGCGUGGGUGGGCACCCGCCCCAGAUGCGAGUGGUCACAGGUGACAUUCUGACUGACAUCACGGGCCACAACGUCUCAGAGUACUUGCUCUUCACCUCCGAUCGCUUUCGGUUGCACCGGUAUGGGGCCCUCACCUUUGGUAACGUUCAGAAGUCAGUCCCGGCUUCGUUUGGUGCCCGGGCCCCAGCCAUGGUGCGGAAGAUUGCAGUGCGAAGGGUGGCCCAGGUGCUCUACAAUAACAAGGGCUACCACAGCAUGCCCACCUACCUCAACAGCCUCAACAACGCUAUCCUGCGUGCCAAUCUGCCCAAGAGCAAGGGCAAUCCUGCCGCUUACGGUAUCACUGUCACCAACCACCCCAUGAACAAGACCAGCGCCAGCCUCUCCCUGGACUACCUGCUGCAGGGCACAGACGUGGUCAUCGCCAUCUUCAUCAUUGUGGCCAUGUCCUUCGUGCCGGCCAGCUUCGUGGUCUUCCUUGUGGCGGAGAAGUCCACCAAGGCUAAACACCUGCAGUUCGUCAGCGGCUGCAACCCUGUCAUCUACUGGCUGGCCAACUACGUGUGGGACAUGCUCAACUACCUAGUCCCGGCCACCUGCUGCGUCAUUAUCCUCUUUGUGUUUGACCUGCCAGCCUACACGUCACCCACCAACUUCCCAGCGGUGCUUUCUCUGUUCCUGCUCUACGGGUGGUCCAUCACGCCCAUCAUGUAUCCGGCCUCCUUCUGGUUCGAGGUCCCCAGCUCAGCCUACGUUUUCCUCAUCGUCAUCAACCUCUUCAUCGGCAUCACGGCCACCGUGGCCACCUUCCUGCUGCAGCUUUUUGAGCAUGACAAGGACCUAAAGGUCGUCAACAGUUACCUGAAAAGCUGUUUCCUCAUCUUCCCCAACUACAACCUGGGCCAUGGGCUCAUGGAGAUGGCCUACAAUGAGUACAUCAAUGAGUACUACGCUAAGAUAGGCCAGUUUGACAAGAUGAAAUCCCCAUUUGAGUGGGAUAUCGUCACACGCGGACUGGUAGCCAUGACAGUCGAGGGCUUUGUGGGUUUCUUUCUCACCAUCAUGUGCCAGUACAACUUCCUUCGACAGCCACAACGCCUGCCCGUGUCCACCAAACCCGUGGAGGAUGACGUGGACGUGGCCAGUGAGCGGCAGCGAGUGCUUCGUGGGGACGCCGACAAUGACAUGGUCAAGAUUGAGAACCUGACCAAGGUAUACAAGUCCCGGAAGAUUGGCCGCAUCCUGGCUGUGGACCGCCUUUGCCUGGGUGUGCGUCCUGGGGAGUGCUUUGGCCUCCUGGGCGUCAAUGGUGCAGGCAAGACCAGCACUUUCAAGAUGCUGACGGGAGAUGAGAGCACAACGGGGGGCGAGGCCUUCGUCAACGGGCACAGCGUGCUCAAGGACCUGCUCCAGGUUCAGCAGAGCCUCGGCUACUGCCCUCAGUUCGAUGCCCUGUUUGACGAGCUCACAGCCCGCGAGCAUCUACAGCUCUACACACGGCUGCGUGGCAUCCCCUGGAAGGAUGAGGCACGGGUGGUGAAGUGGGCUCUCGAGAAGCUGGAACUGACCAAGUACGCGGAUAAGCCAGCUGGCACGUACAGCGGCGGCAACAAGAGAAAGCUGUCCACGGCCAUCGCGCUCAUUGGGUACCCCGCAUUCAUCUUUUUGGACGAGCCCACCACUGGCAUGGACCCCAAGGCCCGGCGCUUCCUGUGGAAUCUUAUUCUGGACCUCAUCAAGACAGGGCGCUCGGUGGUGCUGACGUCACACAGCAUGGAGGAGUGUGAAGCCCUGUGUACGCGGCUGGCCAUCAUGGUGAACGGACGUCUGCGCUGUCUGGGCAGCAUCCAGCAUCUGAAGAACAGGUUUGGAGACGGCUAUAUGAUCACUGUGAGGACCAAGAGCAGCCAGCAUGUGAAGGACGUGGUGCGGUUCUUCAACAGGAACUUUCCUGAAGCCAUGCUCAAGGAGCGGCACCACACAAAGGUGCAGUACCAGCUCAAGUCCGAGCACAUCUCCCUGGCCCAAGUGUUCAGCAAGAUGGAGCAGGUGGUGGGCGUGUUAGGCAUUGAGGAUUACUCUGUCAGCCAGACCACCCUGGACAAUGUGUUUGUGAACUUUGCCAAGAAGCAGAGUGACAAUGUGGAACAGCAAGAGGUGGAGCCCUCUAGCCUGCCGUCCCCACUUGGCCUGCUCAGCCUGCUGAGGCCCCGGCCCGCACCCACGGAGCUCCGGGCCCUGGUGGCUGAUGAGCCUGAGGACCUGGACACAGACGACGAGGGCCUCAUUAGCUUCGAGGAGGAGCGGGCCCAGCUCUCCUUCAAUACGGAUACACUCUGUUGACCACUGCAGCUGAAUCAGGGAUGUGACUAUGGGGACAGAAGUUAGGCGGUGGCCAUGACCUCCAGUCACACAUGCCAGGCCCUGGAGAGGCAGGUUCAGGACCAAAGGGCUUCUUGCCCUCCUCCCGCCCACCACCAUCCUCUCCUCGCCCUGCGGUCUCUGUGGCCGCCAUCUCCCAAUUGUGCCAAAGGCUAGCCCGGCCCUGGGCUGCACACACCCUCACCCUGCUUUGCCUUAAAGCCUUGGGGCCUGGCCCAGCCCCUCACCCUGUCCAGCGCCGUCCACCUUCCCAGGGUGACAUGGGCUGCCCCAGGUAUCCUGUAAGCCUCCACCGCGGCCCCAAGUCUGGCCAGGCCUGGCCUCCUCCUCCUGCAUCUUUUUACUGAUAGCCGAGGCUGCAGGUGGGAGCUGGGCAGCUCGCCUGUUUGCUUUGCUUUAAGAAGUGGAUCCCUAGCCCUGCUGCUGUGCGGAAGCAGACACGUGUGGGGAGCUGUGGACAUGGCUGCCUGGGCCCUGGUGGAAUAGCAGGAACGGAGAAGCUGGCCCUGCUGGCUAGUUGAGGGGCCGCCCCCUCCCUGCCCCCUCCAGCUGCCAUUGCUCUCCCACCCAGCUUGGCCCUUCCUGCCACCCACCUGGGAGCCGGACCUGUACAUAGCACACAGAUGUUUUCAAUAAAUAAGAAAAAAGGGUA